AGUUGCCAGGCGAUGCUGAGCCUCGGCGAGGAGUAGCUGCAGCGCCAGGAGGAGGAAGGGAGCGGAGCCCCAGCCGCCAUGGACGACCAGGGCUGCCCCCGCUGCAAGACCACCAAGUACAGGAACCCCUCCCUCAAGCUCAUGGUCAACGUCUGCGGCCACACGCUCUGUGAAAGCUGCGUGGAGCUGCUGUUUGUCCGAGGGGCUGGGAACUGCCAGGAGUGCGACACCCCUUUGCGGAAGAGCAACUUCAGAGUGCAGCUCUUUGAGGACCCAGCUGUUGACAAGGAGGUGGAAAUCCGGAAGAAGGUGUUGAAAAUAUACAACAAAAGAGAGGAUGACUUCCGCAGUCUAACGGAAUAUAAUGAUUUCCUAGAAGAAGUUGAAGAAAUUGUGUUCAACCUGACCAACAACAUUGAUGUAGAAAAUACAAGAAAGAAGAUGGAGAUGUAUCAGAAGGAAAACAAGGAAGUCAUUCAGAAAAAUAAGAUCAAACUGUCACGAGAGCAAGAGGAGCUGGAAGAGGCUCUGGAGGUUGAGCGGCAGGAAAGCGAGAUCAGGCGGCUUCUUAUACAAAAGGAGGAGCAAAUGCAACAGAUGCUGAAGAGGAAGAACAAGCAGGACCUUCUUGAUAAGCUGGAAAGUUCUCAUCUUCCUGCUUCUUUGCUGUUGGCCCAGCACAAAGACAGGUCUACCCAACUCGAAAUGCAACUGGAGAUUCCCAAACCAGUCAAGCCAGUUGCAUUUUCGACUGGCAUCAAAAUGGGUCAGCAUAUUUCGUUGGGACCUGUUCCAAAGAUCGAGGAAGUGCUCUAUGAAUACCAGCCAUUGCAUGUGGAGACCUACGGGCCGCCAGUUCCAGAUAUUGAAGUGUUGGGGAAAUUUGGGUAUCUAAACCACGUCCGAGCUGCCUCCCCGCAAGAUCUCGCUGGUGGCUAUACUUCCUCCCUUGCCUGUCAUCGAGCCCUUCAAGAUGCCUUCAGUGGGCUAUUUUGGCAUCCUGGCUAGGUUGGGAGUAACAGACACUGGAGCGGAGCGAGCAAAGCAAAAAACCUCAGGUGAAAAUUGCUGCCGUCUGCACUCUGGCCAGGCUGCCGUCUUUCCUUCCUUUUGUGUGUGUGAAGCCAGCUGCGCUUAAAUAUUAAAAACAUGAUGUACAGAAACUUUCUUUUUAAAAUGGUGGUCAUGUUUCUUCUUCUCUGGUGGAAUGAGGGUAAGGGUGGGAAAGGCUCUAGUCACUUUGUAGCUAGAGGCUAUUGGAAGAGAUAAUGAUUUUGUUUUGUAUGUUUUGAGGUUUCAGAACCAGACUUGUAAACGAUUUUUAAAAUAAAGUCAGAUUGUUGUGAUUAAAUUCUGCAGAUUCUGCCGCUGCACUUCAGGGUUUUAUUUGCACAAGCACUGAAAUGCUACUUUUAUAUAUUGUAGCUCUGCAGUAAGGGCAAAGUUCUUUCAUCUCAUAAAACUGGCAAAUGGGAGUUUCCUUCCUUGAAGUAUGAUACAAGAACUGGAUAUGAGACUGAUUUAAGAAUGUCUCAUCUUUCCUGCUGUAGAAUAAAAUUGCAAGGGUGCCAUCAUGCUGCAGUUUGCAUGGCUGCCUAUAUGAUAUAUUGCCUAUAUGAUGACAGAACCGUAGUGGGGGCAGGCAAGCCACAGAGGAACAGACAGGAUAGGACAGGGCAGCUCCUUUGCCACCAUCACACUCACGUGAGCGCCACUGUUGCGGCCUUAGCAGCAUACGAGUACAUUGGAAAACACAACUAGAAUUGUCAUCAGUAUCACUUGAUACCCUUGCUCUCAUUUUGAAAAUAUAUCUAUCCAUAUUCUUCAAAUAAAAAAAAUAUUUUGAUACUGUA